AUGGGCCAGAAACAGGAAGACGACGAUCUGCUAAACGGUGAUAGCAGACGGCACAGCGAGCCCAGCAUCAAGCGUCGCCGCAUCACAAAGGCCUGCGAUUUCUGCCAUCGCCGAGGACGGAAAUGCAAGCCCGUGCCCGACGGAGGCGGGGUCGCCUCCGUCGCCAGUCCUGGUGGCACGCCAAGUUGUCUGACCUGCAUCGAACACGGCGCGACCUGCACAUGGAACCGUGUUGCUGCCAAGCGAGGCGUCAAAUCAAAGACGUCGCCGUCGUCUUCAGUGAAUAAUAAUAACAAAUCCCAAUCCUUUGACGAUGCCGAUGGCGAUAGGUGGUUCUACGACGAGAGCCGCCACGGGAGCAGAGGGCUCAUUUAUCGACUCAUCGUCAUCUUUUUUGACACUGUAUACCCAGUAUUUCCAUUUUUCGACGAGGUGUCCUUACACAAGGAAUGGGAGGCAACCAGCCUGUCAUCUAGCAGGGCUUCUUUCGCCCGGCUAAUGGCCAUAUGCGCAUUGAGUUCAUGUCACGUCAGAGAUGGCGCCUUAUUCAACCCGGAUACGCCCACUCCUCUUCUCCCUGAGCAUCACGAGGCCUAUAUGCAGGAUGCAGAAAGGGCCAUUCCGGAGAGAAAUCGCGACAUCCGCAGUUCCGAAGCCUUUGAGUAUUUACAGGUUCUUGGCACUUUAUCCCUGGCCGCCACACAGCUCAAGGACGACCCUCUAUUCCAUGAGUGUAUGGGCCGUUAUCACACAUUAGUAGCUCAGCACACCUUCCAUUUUGAAGCGCGCUGGCCCUCGAAUCUUACAUAUCCGGAGAAGCAUGUAAGGCGGCAGUUCUUCUGGUCAAUGUACCGUCUAGAAGUCCAUGCAGCGCUGAUCGACGGCCAUGUGGUUCGGUGCCCCGAACUACAAUGCGCUGUUGCAUAUCCGCAGCAGGUCAACGGCCUAGCCGGAAUUAUAGAUGCGUCAGGGCAGACCGAGAAGACCCGAUUCAGCCAUGGCAGCUGGCUCACCGGCUGGAACUACAUCACCGACCUGUAUCGCGUUCUGGAACAUGUCAUUGUCCGAAUGCGCAAAGAUCGACUAAAGACGCUCGACAGAGGUCCAAUUCAACACGAACCACUUAUGCCAAACAUCGACGACAUGUUGCAACUGGUUCUUGGAAAGAAGAGCAAUCUUCCUCUAUAUGCCACCAGCGCUUAUCCGGCGUCCAAAGACGUGGAGGCAAACCUAUGUGGAUUUCAAGUGGCCAAUAUCGCUUGUACCUUUCAGCUACUCCGGAUGGCGGCAUUCGCAUGCCACAACAAAUUUGAAGAUGCUUGUGGCGCUGCGCUUGAACUAAUACAAGAGAUUACUCUGGUGCCGGUGGAGUACUUGCGGGCAAUCGGAUAUCCCAUGCUGCAAGAGUUGGCAGGAGUCGCCCACUUGCUUAGUAGCUUCAUUGCCCGCCAAUUGGUCGACUGGCAGUACUACAAACUUCGCGAAGUCAUGACUUCCAUGGCCACAUUUCUUCAGAGCCUCGCACCGUCUCUUCCUUCAGCAAGCCAAGCAGGCGCACGAAUCUUUCAGUAUAUUCACAAACUAGAAGAGAUACUUCUUCGACAGAGCCAGGCAAUACCAACAGUGACAGCAGUACCGGCAGUAUCGGUAGCGCCGGUCAUGCACCAUCAGCCCGAGAUAACGAAUGACCCACGGGUCAUGGACUUGAUGCCCCAGCCGCCACCACAGCAGCAGCACCCAGGGUUUCUCGAGCAAUAUGCGUUACCAAAUACUUCCUUUUACAAUUUUCAAGCAGAUUUUAUCGGCAACAUGUGGAACAAUGCCUUCAAUGACGGGGCGGAGAUUGAUUGGGCCGGCGCAAUUGAGAGCUGGGGGACGACUUGA